CUCUAAUCUGGUAACACUCGUUUCAACGAAUUUGAUUUCUACAAUUUACUGCAAUGUGCUAGAAAAACUGAACCGAAGAAAUUGAUUAACUCUACGAGAUAAAGCUAAAGAAAACAACAAAUUGAAAACCCAUGCGUGAGCGAUUGACGACGAAGUGGAAAAGUGCAACAAAUAUAUGAAUACAAAUAUAGAUCAACGUGUGAAGCCCAAAAUCAAAUCCUUAGUCAACCAAGAUCACCAAAAUAUUUUCAUAAUUUAUAAGAAAUAUUUCAAGUGUGAUAGCAAGUUCUAAAACACCUCAAAAGAAGUCAUAUUCAAAAACGAAUCAUCAACUGCAAAACCGAAUCAAAUCGAAUUGAUUCGAUUAACAGCUGUGCUGUACACAUGCACCUGUGUGUGUGAGGGGGCGCGCGCGUGUGCGUGUACGUGAGUGUUACGUGUGUGUUUUUGUGUGUUACGGUGUGUGUGUCAGUGUUGGUGGCGAAAAUUGAAACGCCCGCUAAACAAAGUCAAGCGCUAGAUGGCGCUGUCGCUGCCGCCUUUGACCAGUGUUGUUGUUGCUGUUGACGGUGUGCCCCACGUUGUUGUUGUUGUUGUUGAUGCUCCAGCUAAUAAAACGCGGAAAGGCGAAUUAUAACCGCCCACCAACCCCACAACACAAAUACAGUCGGAUAAAUAAAUAAAUUUCAAUUUAUUAACAUAACAAAAUCAACAGUAAGUCCCAACAAAAGAAAAACAUAAAAAUAAGUAAUAAUAUCAAGAGUUUCGCAUUACCCAUCGUCGGUCGGUUCAAAUUGCGUCGCGUCGCGUCGCGAUCGUCGCUAGUCCUCGGAUCGCAUCGGAACGGAACAUUAUAGUACGGACGGUUACGGAUCAGAUCGGAUCGGAUCGGAUCAGUUGGCAGUCGGUGGCACCUGACAACGCAACGCUAACCGCUAUUAUGCAUCGGCGUCGUCGGUUGGCCAGUGCAAAAAUCGCAUUCGAAUUGGCGGGCGAGCAGCAGCUAAAACAACUGACAGAACUUAAUUAAUAAAAAAUAAAAAAACAGAGAAUUAACAACAAAAAAAUAGACAUUAAAUAACCCAUAGUUUUACUAACUAAUCAAAACCCAAGGUAUACAUACCAUAACUUUUUCCGUGGCCCCAAAUAAUCCAAGAAUCGUCUGCAAUCCUGGAUUAUUUGCUAAAGACUUUGCGCACGCUGAAAUCCAAUUCGAUUAUGGCCGAGAAUCAAAGUGCGGCCAGCGAAGAUUCCGGUCACCAACAGCAGCAACAGCAACAGCAACACCAGCAACAUCAGCAACCACUAGCCACCACAUCAGUAGUUAGCGCCGCUUCAGCCACAUCGUCUUUAGCUAACCAGUCGCCCACUAACUCGCAGGCCUCAUCCCCUGAAAAUUCCCAGGAAGCACUGCCUCUGGUGCGACGCCAGCAAUCAGCAGCAGUAGCAACAGUAGCAGCAGCAGCAGCAGCAACAGUUGCAGCAGCCACCAGUAGCAACACUUCGCAGCAGCAACGCAGCAGCAUCAGCAACAUGUUUGAUCGCACGGUUAAUGCCAAGUUCAAGCCGACGGCUUCAAAUUCUGGACCCGGAAACAAUCCUGGGCGCAGGAACUCCAUGCUCACACCAGCCAGGGGCGUCAGUGUGGGCGGGACAGGCGGCAACAUGCGAAAGCUGACCAAGGUCAACUCGCUGACCAGCAAUCAUCACUUUUCCGUGUGCUAUCCACCCAGCAACAUCUAUCAGAAUAGCAACAAUUCCGGCAGCAAUUCGCCAUUGCAGCGCACCACCAGCGAGAGUUUGCGUUUGAAUUCCUUGAGUCGCGUGGCAGCAGCGACAGCGGCAGCCACAUCGGUGUCCCGGGCCAGUAGCAACUCCAGCCUGGCCACAUCCACCUCCACAUCGCUGGCACCCAAGUCCACCAGCAGCAGCAGCAACUCAGCAACCCCCCAGCAGCAGCAGCAGUCGGUGGGCAGUAGCAACAGUAGCAACAGCGGCAGCAGCAGCAGCAACAGCAACAGCUUCACCAAGGCCAGUUCGCCCAACAACAAUGGAGCACGUUCGGUGGGCGGUGCAACGGCAACUGCAGCUGCAGCUGGCAGUCAUCACCAUCAGCCACAUCACCACCAUCAUCAUCAUCACCACCAUCAGCAUCACAGCCACCAGCAGCAGCAGCAACAGACUAGCCUUAGCCAAGGUCAUGCCUCGUUGACUGUCGCCGGUGGUUCAGCUGGUGGAGGUGGCUCCUCGGGAACUGCUGGCGGCGGUGCCACUAAUCGCAAACCAAAGACGACUUCCUCAUUCGAGAUCACCUCGGUGACGGUGGGCCAUCCCAAGCUGAAUGCUGCCGGCGAUACGGGAGACGAAUCGGCCGAUGAUCUGGACGAAUCUCACACGGAUGACAAUAGUCGGAUAACGGACCUCGAGAACGAGACGCCCUCGAUGUCGGAGGAUACGUUCUCCAAGGAGGAGGUUUACUAUGCCAACAAUGCCCUCAGCACGAAUGCGCCGGUGAUACCGACUAGCUCGCAAUACGGCCUCGUGGUGGUGGAUCCCAUCGGGCCCUCGCUCGGCCAGACGAUCCAGAAUGUCCAGGUGAACGUGUCGGAUAAUAUUAUCAAUGUGGUGAGCGGUGCCGUCACACCGGGCGGCACUAAGAAGAAGGACGACAUCAAGGAGACGCAGCAUCGCAGCGAGCGGUUCAAGGUGGUCAAAAUUGAGUCCACGGAGCCGUUUAAGCGUGGUCGCUGGAUGUGCAUGGAUUACCUGGACCACUCAAGUGUGGGCAAUGGUGGUGGUAAUAACAACGAAAAGACUGGCUCUUCUACUUCCGAUGCGCACGCAGCCACGGCGGAUGGUGCAGCAGCAGCAGCAGCAGGUGGCUCGGAGGCCCCAGUGCCCCACAAGACCACCCAGAGUAUGAUUCUACCGCCCACGCAGAAGCUGAACGAGAAUCACCUGGAGGCCAACUCGACCGAUGCCAAUUGGAACUAUGCCGAUCAGCAGCAGCAGCAGUCGCAGCAGCAACAACAGUCGCAGCAGUCCCAGCAGCAAUCCUCGCAGCAGCAGCAGCAGGCUCAGAUAAGUGCCACGCCCAGUGGGGUGAUGACAGCCCCCGCCACAGUGGUUCAUGGGAUGCAUCAGCUGCACAUGGAGGCCCAGCAGCAGCAGCAACAGCAGCAGCAGCUCUUCGACAGCGUCAAUGCCAAUGCCAGCUCACCCAAUCCACCCGGUGACCCCAACAACAUGGACUAUGCUCGAACGGCGGCCAUGCAGCUGCAGCAAACGUUGCAGCAGCUCAAGCAGCGCGAAGAUGCCAUGGACGUGCCGCCGGGGGGCUAUCCAAAUUACCAGAACGGCGGUGAUGCUGCAGGCGGGGCAGCGAUCAACAACAACAACAGCGGCGGUGGAGCGGCGGGAGAGUCGCAGCUGAGCACCAGCUAUGUGGAGCAACAGCAGCCGCUGUCGCCGACACCACUUACGCCCCAGGCCGCGCCCACAUUCGCAGCUGUUGCUGCCGGGCAGUCGCCCAACUUCCAAUUGGAGCAGCAGCAGCAACAGCAACAAGCAACAUCGCAGAUUGAUGGGAUAGUCUCACAGCCAUUUAACCCACAACAACAGCAGCAGCAGGCCCCACAGCAAUCGGCAGCCCAGCAAACAGCAGCAGCAGCAACAUCUGCAGUUGCUGCACCACCACCACAACAGACUUCAAACACUUCCAAUGCAGCGGUAACCACUGGCCAGGGUCAGACAUUACCGUUGUUAUCACACAUGACCAGCUACGAGCAGCAGCAGCAGCCUAAUCUAGGAGCAGCAGCAACAGGAGGCAACGCAGCAACAUCAGUGGCUGCACCGCCAGCAAUUCCCACGCUGCAAUUGCAGAGUGCCCCUGCAACAAUUGCCGAUCCACAGCAAUUGAUGGUGCCACAGGAGGAGCAACAUCAGCAGCAGCAGCAGCAGCUAACACAGCAGCAACAGCAACAACCGAUUCCGCCAGCAAAUAUCGCGAGUGCUAGUGCCAAUAAUAGUAAUCUAAACCUAACGAAUACCAAUGUUGUGGCCACCGCCGAGGCAACGACUAACGCGCUGACCUUGACCGAUGAACAGGCGACCGCGGCAGCAACCGCUGCAGUUGCAACCGGAGCUGCGGCAGCAACAGGAGCCACAUCGACAGCAGCAGCAACGCAGCAGCAAAUCCAACAGCUACAACAGCAACCAAAUGCAGAAUCCGAGACUGAAAGCUUUAGAACCGCUUCCUCCUCCUCGCUACCCGGCGGAAAUCGGAAACGGGCCUUUAGUAAUCCGCAUAUAGGAGGAGGGCCCACUGAUCCAACGUUUAUGCAUCGACUGAACCCGCAGCUCUAUUACUACAACAAAUCGCAGUCGGGGAGAAGUUCCUUUUGCGUGGACGAAUCGCUGUGGCCAACAACGAAUAAUCCGAAUGGCGGUGCUGCGGUCAGCGAUACGAAUCUGUAUAUGGGCUCGAGCACAGAGGAGGAUUACGAGGAGGCCAUAGAUCAGUUUUCGCCAACGCUAUACACUCGAUCGGCCAGUCGAGCGAUACCGAUACCAAGUAGUGCCGGCAAUAGUCCACAGCAUCAACCGCAGCUGCAACCGAGAAUCGGGUCCUCGAUUAAUUUGGUGGGCGGAGCAGGACCUUCGAAUAUUGGAGCCUUUAGCGCCAGUCCCUCGAUCUACGCCUAUCCACACUCGCCCUUCUAUGCCAGUUCGCCGGAAACGUCGUCGCUCUCUUCGCCAGCUCAAACGUCCGGAAUGCCAGGACAUCAUCAUCCCCAUCCGCACCACACCACCAGCGCACGCAUAUCCUUCAGCUAUGAUCCUGCCUUCCAGCGAUUGCAAGUGCCGAUCAUGUCUGGCGAUCGAAGACCACGAUCACCGCUGGAAUGCGCCACCGUUUUUGCCGCCGUCGCUGCGGCAGCCACUUGCGGUGGUGCAGUUGGUGGUGCAAAUGGUGCAGCAGGUGGUGCACCGGAUACCAUGAUCAACAGUGCAUCUGGAACAAGUGCAGUUGCGAUUGAUAACAAAAUCGAACAGGCAAUGGAUCUGGUCAAGUCGCAUCUCAUGAUAGCGGUGCGCGAGGAGGUGGAAGUGUUGAAGGAGCGCAUAUCCGAGCUGAUGGACAAGAUCAACAAGCUGGAGCUCGAGAACAACAUUCUCAAGUCGAACAUACCGCAGGAGACGCUGCAGCAGCUGCAGAUGCAGCUCCAGAUCGCCGCCCCCCCGGCCACGCCCGCCAUCCAAGCGGCGCCGGCGGUACAGAGUGCCGUUGCUCCGGCUGCCGCGGGUCAGGCAGUUCAGGGUGGCCAGCAGCAGACCGCUGGUGCGGUUGCGGUAACAGGAGUGGCCACCAGUCCAGCGUCCGCGGUGAUCCCAACGAUCAUUCCCAAUGGCAGCGCCGAGAACGGCGGAAGUGCAGUCGAGUCAGCGGCGGUAUCGGUGGAGCAGCAGCAGCAGGUGACGUCAGCAGCGGCAACAGCGGUAACCACGACCAACGGUCCCAUGUCCUAAGCUGUGCUGUGGCCCAAAAACACAGUGUUUGUUUUUUAAGCGCCCACGCUCUAGAAUGUGGGGGAAAAUGAACGUUUUUUAAGAAUGUAAACUCAGCCUGGUCUCUUUCUUAGCCGGAGGAGACGGGGCCGAGGAGAGCAGCGAAAGUAUUAGGUCACUAACAACAACAACAACAGCAACAGCGGGGGCAGACUCACCACCGACAUGUUAAGUUCAUGUUAGUGGUAGGUUAACCUGCGGUUAAGGACUGUUAUGUUGUUGCUGGCUGUUAAGAAGCUGCUGCAGCCGCCGUUUUGUUAAUUUCUCGAUUGUGAUAUUUGUUUAACACACACAUACAGACCACACACACACAUGUACACACACACAUCCAUAUAAAACACACACACACUCACACACAGAUAGACUGCACGCUAACAGCGACUGCGGCUGGCGCUGUUAACGUCCGCUGUUAACAAGAAAUGAGUGUAGAAGUUCUUUUUAACAUCGCGCUGCUGCGCCUCCACUUUUUGUUUAAUAAUUUUUAUUUUUGUUUACCCGUUUGUUUUCCACGUUGUUAACGCUACGAAUAAAAAAAAUUGAAAAUCAUAAACAAACACACCCAGAAGAACACAAACCACUCACUAAACUGGCUGCAAAAUAAUACUUGAGGAAAGUAGAAUUUUUGGCCAACGGAGAAAGAACAACAGAAUAAAUACAAAU